AUGGGCCCCUGUACCGCCUCCUCAUGCUGCUGCCAGGCCCGUAAUCUGCCAUGGGCCCCCGUACCGACUCCUCAUGCUGCUGCCAGGCCCGUAAUCUGUCAUGGGCCCCUGUACCGCCUCCUCAUGCUGCUGCCAGGUCCAGAGUGUGUCAUGGGUCCCUGUACGGCCUCCCAUUGCUGCUGUCUCCAUCGCCACACUCUGCCAUGUGCCACUUUCAGGUCUCCUCACACUGCUGGUGGGUUCCAUUUUGUCAUAGGGUGCUGUAUGGCCUCCCCAUUGCUGCUGCCUCCACCGCCACACUGUGGCUCCACACUCUGGUUUUGGCCCCGUGACUGCCCAAAUGAGUGAAGUGUGCGGUGAUUCUAAGAUCGACGGCACUCAUCUGCAUGUCAUACUGACUGACAGUAUUAUUUCUCUUCCCCAGCAGACUCCAAGGGCAUUUAAAUUAAAGGUACAGUGUUCUGCACUAAUAUAA